UAUAAGUGAUAUACAACAUUAAUAUUCAGUAACGCUGUCAUCGGUCUACAGAGCUGCCGAUGAUAAAUAAAAUUAAUUAAUCUUUAAUUAUUAAUGAAACGCAAUUUUAUUUACAGGCUGAGGGCCCUCUCGCGAUCUGGCAUUUGCAGUAGCUCUAGCACUUGUCCACUAAAAAGCAAAUUCUGUUUACAAUACCCCAAUUUAAAAGUGCUGCCACGAUGCCUUGCUGGUACUACGACAAAAAAGAGCUGCGUGAGACGCCCUCGAUCCUGGACGGAAUUAGUUUUGAGACAGAGCGCCGGUACCGAAAGGAGGGCGCUCGCUUUAUUAUGGAAUGUGGCACCAAAAUGGGUUUAGGCCACAAUACGAUGGCAACCGGGGUGGUGUACUUUCACCGCUUCUACAUGUUCCAUUCGUUCCGCAGCUUUCCUCGUUACGUGACUGCUUGUUGCUGCCUUUUUUUUGCUGGAAAGGUAGAAGAGACUCCCAAGAAGUGCCGUGACAUUAUCAAAACGGCUCGUGGUAUUCUUAACGACAACUAUUUUUACUCGUUUGGCGAGGACCCCAAAGAGGAGGUUAUGACGUUGGAGCGCAUUCUACUGCAGACUAUUAAAUUCGACUUACAGGUUGAACAUCCUUACACCUUCCUCCUAAAAUACGCAAAAUGUUUUAAGGGUGACCAGCAAAAGCUGCAGAAAAUGGUUCAAAUGGCGUGGAACUUCGUCAACGACUCUCUCAGUACUGUUGUCUGUCUUCAGUGGGAACCGGAAAUCAUCGCCGUGUCUCUUAUCCAUUUAGCUAGCAAGCUAAGUAAAUUCUCUGUGCAGGACUGGGAAGGACGCCGGCCACAACACCAGCGCUGGUGGGACAUGUUUGUCUCGGACGUGACAAUGGAGAUACUUGAGGACAUCUGCCACCAGGUAUUAGACCUUUAUCAGUCCACUCAAAAGGAAGAGCAUCAUUCAGAUAGUCCGCCCCAAAAGCCUCCCAGCCGAGCAGAUAGCCCAACAGCGGUUAAGUCAACAACUCUUUCGUGCAUUGCUCCAUCCUCUGUUAAACAACAACAGCCGCCACCCCCAUCGCUAUCAGGUGGAAAAGAUAGUUUGCUGGAGCCUAACAACAUCCAAAGCAUCAAGUCACUGGCUAGUGGUAUGCUUGUCGUGGGUUCCGGCGACUCUCAGACGCUUCCGCAAGGUCCAACCCUUCCUGGUCAGCCUUCUGGGUACAACCUUUAUCAUCCACCGCCACCGCCCCCCCCUGUCGUGCCUAUGGUGUCCUACCCCUCUUCAACCUGGAGCAUCCAACAGACGGUACCAAUUCACUAUGCCGGCUGUGCGGCACCACCACCACCAAUGCCGCCGAGCCUACCGACCGGCCCCAGUGGUUACUACAACAUUGGAGGACGACAACAGCAGCGGUAUCAAUAAAAGAACAUGUAUUGACUAUUCCCAGAUUUAUAAAUAAAUAAUAUAAGCUUAA